AUGUCACCUGAAACGCAAGAAUCCGGGCCCUUCGCAUCCCACAUCUUCGCAGGAGUCCUGCUAGACUUUGACGGUACCAUCAUAGAUUCAACAGAAGCACAUCUUACAAGCAACUUUACUCACAACUACAGAAUCGGCAAUGAACUAGGCAUCGACCAUCAUGAAAUCCUCCGCACCUCGCACGGGCGACGGAGCAUCGAUGUCCUACAACAAUUAGAUCCCACAAAGGCCAACUGGGAAUAUGUUAGCGAAAUGGAAUCCCAGAUCCCCACGCUUAGCAAAACCCCCGCCGUCGAGAUCCCCGGUGCGCGCAACCUCCUCGAAUCGUUAGCCAAAUUCCACAUUCCUCACGCUAUAGUGACAUCUGGAACGAAAGCACUAUUAAGUGGCUGGUUAAACGUCCUACAACUGCCUCAACCGCAACAUGUCACUGUAGCGGAGGAUGUUACGUUGGGAAAGCCGGAUCCGGAGGGAUAUCGCAAGGGAAAAGAGAAGAUUUUGGCUGGGAGGGUGAAUGAUGAUAAUGGAAGUAAAGAUGUUCUGGUGGUGGAGGAUGCUCCGGCUGGUAUCCGGGCGGGCAAAGCAGCUAAUUGUAAGGUUUUGGCGGUUGCGACGACGCAUUCUGUCGAUGUGUUGAAGAGGGCUGGGGCUGAUUGGGUGGUGAGGGACUUGAGGUUCGUGGGGGUGGAGAGGUGUGAGAGGGGUUUUGAAGUUCAUUUUUCGGGGUUGUUGUAG